AUGGAACCAUACAAUCAGGGGAGAGGGUUUUUUCGAAGCAGACCGAAUAGGGAGUACAGAGGCAGAGGAAAUAGAGACAGGGGGCAGUUUAGGCCAUAUAAUAAGAACUUAAGAGGAAGAAGGCCGUUUCAAAGAAAUCUAUCUGAAAGGUAUCCUGUCAGUUCUGUCGAAUUUGACGAUACAGGUGCUAGAUUGGGGAAUAACAGACGCGCGAGGAGCUUCCAGGAUAACAUAAGAAAUGAUAGAAAGCAUUCAGAGCCUGUAGACCCCAUAGCAUUAAAAAUUAACUCGUUCAUCGACGAGGUACAGGCUCAGCAAAGUCAAAUAGGAAAAAAAGUAAUAUUUAUGGGGAGAGAGUCUUCUCAUCCUUUAGUUCUUCUGCAAAUUGCAGUGGACAAAGCCAAAGUUAAAAUGGAGUUCAAACAAGGAGAAAAUGAGGUUCAUUCUGUUUUAAUGGAUGGAGAAGUGUUAGCACAGGGUAGUUAUACUAAUAAACAAGUUGCUAAGGGGGCGCUAGCAGAAGAAGCAGUUAAUAAGUUAAAAGAGGAAUGUUUUUUCAUUGUUAAGAAGGAAGGCUAUGAAGAAAUCUCUACGGUGAACCUGCAAAAAAAAUCGGAAGAAUUCGCUGAAGUGGGUGAAUCUUCUGCAGCCCCAGUUAUCAGUGAUAAAGCCCACGAGAUGAUGUUGAAAAUGGGGUGGAAAGGUCAAGGUUUGGGGGUGAACGAGCAAGGCGAUGCCGAAACUGUAGCGGAGAAGAUCCAAAAUAUUUCCAGGGACGGCCUAGGUGGCCCCACCGGCAAUAUUUUAUGGGAGGUGCAGAAAAUUUUGAGCAAGUUUGCCAAUUCCGACAGGCUCUCAGUUCUAGCAUUCGAUCCUACGUUUACUAAGGAAGAAAGGGCGCACAUUCACAAGCUGGCCCAGAAGUUUAACUUGAAGAGCCGAAGUGAGAGUAAGGGGGAGGCGAGGAGGAUCACAAUAUCCAAGAAGAUCUGUUUGUUGCCGUUGGUGAAAAAUUUGCUGAGAGAAGGUGGCGAAAGUCCAGCUUACAAGUUGAUUGUCCCGGAAAAGUUUAAACACCUUUGGACUGAAGAACCGACAAGUUCCAUGAACGCUUUCAGGACUGAAUUCGAUUCCGAUUCUGAUUCUGAUUAA